CUACUGGCUUGGAGGUAGCCACAACUCCAGAUACAUACCAACCACAGAAAGCCUCCACAUUUAUAAAUUUAAUGAAGUAAAUCUCUUGGUCUUUGAAAAGUUCAGCUUCUUUUACAUUUUUAGCUUCAAGAGUUAAUUAGGGUUGGAGUGUAUUCAAUGUCUUGUUCGUUUGCUGUGUCGCCUUCACUGAGGUCACAGCUCUUCAGUUAUAAUAACACCAGGUUUAUUGCACCUGCUAGACUAGCUCAGUACAGAAGCAAAUGUGUAAUGAACAGGAGAGGUUUUGCUUUGAAAGGAAUUAUGGCUUCUAGCGUUUCGGUAAUGGGUUCUUCUUUGGCCACUGAACCUGCUCAAGGGCUGGAGAAGUUGCCAUUCAAGCCAGAGGGCUAUAAUUAUUGGACAUGGCGAGGUCGCAAAAUACAUUAUGUAGUGCAAGGAGAAGGGUUUCCUAUUGUUCUCAUUCAUGGUUUUGGUGCUUCUGCUUUUCACUGGAGAUACAACAUACCUGAGCUGGCCAAAAAGUAUAAGGUGUAUGCCUUGGACUUGUUAGGUUUUGGAUGGAGCGAGAAAGCAAUUAUUGAGUAUGAUGCCUUGGUGUGGAGGGAUCAAGUGGUGGAUUUCUUGAAGGAGAUAGUGAAAGAGCCAGCAGUUAUCGUGGGAAACAGCCUUGGAGGGUUCACGGCUUUGGUUUCAGCUGUGGCGUUGCCUGAACAAGUUGUUGGUGUUGCUUUACUUAAUUCUGCUGGACAGUUUGGAAAUCCAAAUGGAGAAACCACAAAGUCUGAAGAAUCAGCCUCACAGAAAUUUAUCUUGAAGCCACUGAAGGAAAUUUUCCAGCGUGUAGUUCUUGGAUUUUUGUUUUGGCAAGCAAAGCAACCAGCUCGAAUAGAAUCUGUACUGAAGAGUGUGUAUAUAAAUACUUCCAAUGUAGAUGAUUAUCUUGUAGAAUCAAUAACGAGACCAGCAGCUGACCCAAAUGCUGGAGAAGUGUAUUACAGAUUAAUGACUCGGUUCAUGUUGAACCAGAGCAAAUACACUUUAGACAGUGCCUUGAGCGAAUUGAGAUGCCCAUUGUUAUUGCUUUGGGGUGACUUAGAUCCAUGGGUGGGUCCUGCCAAGGCUAAUCGAAUCAAAGAGUUCUAUCCUCGUACAACUCUUGUAAACUUACAGGCCGGUCAUUGUCCACAUGAUGAAGUUCCAGAGCUUGUUAAUAGGGCGUUGAUGGAUUGGAUGUCAUCUCUAAUACCAGAAGUCUCUAUGCAGACGGUGUAGAAGUACUUAAAUUUUGCAGUAUUGCUGCCAAAAUCUGCUUUUUGAUGUAUCACUUCUCGAUUAAUUGUACGUGCAUUCAUAGUAAUACAUUCAUCGUCACCGACACCUUCUGGAAGAAAAACAGUGAAUUUUAGGCUGUUGACCAUCAUUUCAUGUCCAUGCAGCUGCACCUUGUCAAUAUGAUUACAUACUUGAGCAACCGACUAGUUUAAAGCUACUUUAUGAAUUCUUUUGUAAUAUGAUUACAGGAGAUGAUGUUAGCAAUUUUUAAUUAUUCAAAUUAUGCUCAAGUAGUAAAGAAACAUAUUGCAAAAAAAAA